AUGUCCUCGCGUUUUCCCCUUUCAUCCGGGUAUUCUUCCCGCGGCGACCGUUCACCUCCCCAGCGCUAUUCAGACCGUCGCCCUUCGUUGCCACCGGGUCCGCGAGAUGACCCCAAUCUCACGCCAUUAGGCCGUGAGCCUCCACGUGGUCCUAAAGCAUUGAUAGACCCUCCCCGUGGAGGCCUGUACGGUGGUCGUGGCCGAGGUUAUCCGCCGCGCAAUGACUUUCGUGAUCGCGAUCGAGACCGAGACAGAGAUCGCGACCGUGAUUUCCGGGAUGGACCGCCGUUUCGUAGAGAUGACCGCGACAGGGACUGGAAUCGCAGAGAUCGCAUGGAUCGCAUGGAUCGUGAUUUUGAUAUCCGCGAUGGCCCACGUCCGUUCAGGCGUUCCCGGUCUCCUCAACCUCGCGAUUCGCGAGAUUUCCGAGACUCCCGUGACCUCGGUCCUCCGCCUCGAGAUGGGGACAUUGUUCGCAUGCGUCGCAAUUCUCGGGAUAGCCUAAUUUCAAGUUCAUCUAAUCCUGGCGAUGGCCCUCCUGGCAAUCAGAACAUGGGUCAUCCUCCUCCCAUGCGAGGUGGCGGCCUCGGGCGCGGUCGUGGUCGAGGCGAUUGGGAAGGUGGUCGAGGGCGUGGCCGAGGGCAUUAUAUGGAUGAUCGAGAUGCGUUCCGCCGUCGAAGUAGAUCUCGCGAUGGAUGGUGGGAUCGUGAUAGAGACCGAGACUUUAGGGAUCGUGACCGUGAUCGGGAUUUUGACCGGCGCGAACGGUUUGAUCGACGAGACGAUGAUAGACGGCUAGAACGCGAUGAUCGUGAUCGACCCCUUGAGCCGUGGAAGAAAGAUAUUCCUCCAAUCCGUGCUGAGCCCCGUGUCCCUUCUGGCCCGAGGAGCAGUUCAAUUCCGCCAACUGGUCCGUUGGUUCUCCCUAGAGGCGAAUCCAAAGGUCAAGAUCAACCAAUCUCGGAUCCUUCUCGCAAGUCUUCUAUGUCUACAACGCUACCACCUACAAGAGAUCCUCGUCGAGACUCUGAUCGACCAGAGCUUCCUAUGUCAAGAACAGAAAUGCUUAGAGAGUCUAUUGCGCCAAAGGGGUCACCGCCACCAUCUGCACCCCAGGUUCCUGCUUUUGGGUCUGUCACUCUGCCAUCAAGUCUUUUAUCAAUCGAAAAGCCAGCUCAGCAGCCGUCUCAAUCCCAGCCAGCAGUAUCUAACAAGCCUGACCGGAGUCGGACAGAUGCCAUAUCUUAUACGACUGCCAAGGAGGCUCCUAGAGAAGCCCCAACGGAACCCAAAGCUCACCGGGCUGAUAUCAAGACUCAUUCUGGAAUUCCUUCUGCCAAAGAAAGUGUUUCCGACUCUUGGUCUUCACAGGAUGUACAUUCUCGUCCCGAGAAGUCAAGCCAGGUUGUUUCUCCUCCUACUGCACCGGCGGCUUUACUUAAACGAGAACCUGUUGCCUCUGCAGCUGUUACCACUACUGCUACAGGAGAGUCGCGAUUGCACCACGAAAAUACUGCCAGCACUUCGCCACCACUGGGUCCAGCUCAAGCAACUUCUCCAGUACUUUCACGAUCGCAAUUACCACCCGCAGGCCGCGGGGGCUCUCCACAGACCUCACCACAGAUGACUUUCACCAGUGUGCCUACGGGGCCUCGCGCGGGAGUCAGACAGCCUGUUCGUGGUGGACAUGCGAAGAGCAAACAAUGGCUUCGUCCUGGUUACAACCGUGUCGCUCCGACAGCUCCCUCCCUAGGCAAUCGGCGCGAGUCGCAUGAAGACAAGGAGUUCCACGCGCCACUCCUACCGGUAGAUGAGAAGAAGGAGUUCAAUGACGACCAGCCCGGCAUUGAAGAGAAAAUUGCGGACAAAGACACAUCAGAAAAAGUGGAGACACCCGCCGCCAAUGAGGAAGUACCCCAUGAUGCUAUAUCCUCGAAGUCUCCAGUUUUGAAAGAUUUGGAAGUGGCCGAGGAACAAGAACAAACCGUGGAUUCAAAACAUGAGACGGAAGACAAUUCCACACUGUUGCCUGAUUUCACACGCUCAAGUGACGAAGAAGAAGAGGAUAUAAACGAAGUUUUCACAGAAGAUUAUUUGCGGGAGCGAAAAGAGCUCUUUGAGAAGAGUAUGGAUGCUCUGCGAGCUGAAAUGCCGCCUCCAAUUUUGGAGGAUCCUGUUAUCGUCGAGUUGCUCAUGAAGGUUCAAUUGCUAGGCAUGAUAGUAGACGGCAGCGUUCCCGAAGAGCCUGAGCCGUCUGCUGUGGAGGCCAAUGUCGAUCGCUCAAAGAAAGCCAUUUCUGCGGAAAUUUACAAAGAAGAGAUGGACGUUGAUGAGGGGGUUGCUGCAAGCCCUGUCAAGACAGCUAUGCCAGCUGAUAGUGUUGACAAAGAGUCUAUCACUGUCGACAAUUUACCGUUUUUAGUCUCUGGUCCUCCAACGCCAAUUUCGGAACUGGAUGUCUUUCAGGAAAACAUCAAGACCCACGAACGUAUCCAGGAAGCGAUUCGCAACACAGUAGCGAAACAGCGCAAAGAUGCAUCAGAAAAGAAUAAACGCUUACGAGAAGAGUAUGCUGCCAUCUACAGACCCUGGCGAUUAACUGUUCGCGCGAUGGAUCACAAGAAAGACGAAGAGAGGAAAGGCAGUACGCCUAGUGCAGCCACGCCGCCCGUGACGCCCGCUCCUACUUCUGUAUCUGAGAGCCGAGCAGAAAGCCGACGAUAUAAGGGAAAUAGUGAACUUGACUUCCAGAACGCCCUUAAAGCGUCUGCUAUCUCCGCUCAAGAGGAGUCAGAACGUCGUCGUCUUAUGGAAGCUACAGCACGACCUGAUCUUGAAAAGGAGGCUGUUAUCCCGGAUAUGUACGAAAAGUACCAGGUUGAAGCGGGUAUCUUCAAAGAUACUAACAACAAGGUUGACCCUGCCGAUGCCUUGGUCGUUUACGGCUUCUUACCACCGCCAGAUGACUUUACGGUAGAAGAGCACAAGCUGUUUACUGAUGCUUUCAUGGCUUAUCCAAAGAAGUGGGGCAAGAUUGCUGACGAGCUACCGGGACGGACGUAUGCACAGUGUAUUAGUCAUUACUACAUGACCAAGGAGGAGAUUAAAUACAAAGCUAAAUUGAACAAGCGAUGGAGAUCACAACGACGCGCCAGGAAAUCAACUACCCGACCCAAGUCUAAUGCCCUUAUGUCUGAUUUGAAGGCGAAUGGUGACGAUGAGGAAACAGUUCAGAUGACGGAAACUGGUCGUCCUCGCCGUGCAGCAGCCCCGACAUUUGGAGGCGACGCCACCGAGGCCGAAACUUCACGCCGUGGUAAUGCUAAAGAAAGCGACCAGGGUGAGAAGCCUGCUAGCAGACGAGGUAGAGCCGGCGCCGGUACGCGUGGAGGACGGAGAGGACGAGGAGCUGCUGCGGCUGCUGCUACAACACAACAACAGCAGCAGCAACAGCCACCUCAGCAACCUCAACAGCAACCACCUCAGCUGCUACAGACUCCCUUGCCGAUACAAGCACAACAUCCUGCUGCAAUCGUCUCUCAACAACCGCUUAUUUCGACAACAAUUGCUCCGGGUGUCCCGCUCAUGGCGAAGCAGGAGCCACGGGUGAUUGAUGGCGCAAUGGAAACGGCAGUCCACGUCAAAGACCAGGAGCGAGAGAACGAGGAACUUCUUCCGAAGCCAAGAUCAUCUCGUGCUCGAGGCAAAGAUGCUAUCUACGUGUUUGAUGCCGCUGGCGAUCCAGAAGCCGCUGGUGGUAAAUCCGAGAUGGGCUAUGGCUCUAUGCAGCCAACCAGUUACUGGUCGGUUCCAGAAGUGCGAGAUUUCCCAAUUUUACUGGCUCAUUUUGGACGGGAUUUUGAGGGUAUAUCGAACUUCAUGAAGACCAAAACGCCGAUAAUGGUCAAAAAUUAUUACCAGCGCAAGAUUGACUCAGGCAAUAAUGAAUUCGAGGAAAUUGUCAAGGUUACUGAAGUCAAGAAGAUGCGAGGCGAACCCACUGGCCCCUUACCAACACCAAACCCAACUCCCAAGAGGCGAUACGAAGCUACUCCAUCUGCAGUCCAUCGACCACUCGCCCCGCACACCGACAUGGAACACGCCGAAGAUGGUCGCUUGGGCCACAAGAAAGCUUCGGCUACCAUGUCUCCUCCCGUCCAGGUGCGCCCUGCUCCAGAGAUUGCCACCGAUCGGAGCUUAAGUAGAUACCCUUCACUGGCUCAAGCAACUGGAGGGCCGCCUUCCACAAGUGCGAUCAUGCCGGACGACCCCUUGCGUAACAUGCGACAGUCUGGAGCUCCCCCUGCACAACCUCGGACCUUUCCGGGUCCUCGCAUGGGAUACUUUACAGAGGAUCGGCGCGAAGCACGACCGUCACGUGUCCCUGAGCUUCAGCCUUCUCCACGAGUUGCCCCUUCCACCCAAGGCCCAGACAUCAGUCGUCCUGAACCUUUGCCUCAGCAGCUCCGGGCACGAAGAGAUUUCCACGGCCCACCAACACAAUAUCAACCUGCACAAGUGUACAUGCAAGCCCAGCAGAGUGUCGUGGUGCAGCCGUCUGCAAUGUCAAGCUCGCACUCUCGACACCCUAGCCUUACCGGAUCGACAGCACCUGGUUCCCCUGCACAGAACAUACAAAGACAUACGCCCGACCUAUCGCCGAUUCGUCGAUCUUCAUUCGGUCAGGGCCAAUCUCAUCCAGGUUACUAUCCAUAUCCUUCUUCCAAUAUUCAUCCGAAAACCACUGUUUCGCCUGUCAAGGAGACACCGGCAUCGCAAGAGGCUCCGCGUCAAGUGCCUGCUAAGCGAUCGAAUAUUAUGAGCAUCUUGAAUGACGAACCAGAAGAACUUCCACCACGCAAGCGGUUUGCAAGUGAAAUGAUUUCGUCGCCUAGGAUGGCCUACGGUCAAGCGGAACCAUCAGGUCUUCGUCAUGAGGAGAAAGCAUCCUACUUCUCUCACACUCAGCAACAACAGUCUUCCCAGGGCCCGCCUCCACAUCAGGCUCCUUCGGGACGGCCAUCAUACUCAGAGUACUCUUCGUAUCAACCAUCGUCUCUUGGAAGUGCGUCUGCUGCUAGUGGACCACCGAACCACGACUGGAUGGCCAGGUUUGACCCACGCAGCCAAACUCAACAGUCUGCGGAACCCAUCCGUGCGACGCCGACGCCAGCCCCUCCUGCGCAGUAUGUUGCCAGUGGUGGAUACCAGCAUUCGCAAGCCCCGUCGAAUAGCCAACCUCCUACUGCUUCUCAGAGCAAUGCUUCAGGGGUAGGCCAUCGUGGCUAUCAAGGUUAUCCACCUCCACAUGGCCAAGGUGCACCCACACCGCCACUAAUAACAUCGAAUGGUCGCGAGUCUUCGAGUUCGGCUUACCGUCAUCAAAGUGUUGCGUCUCCGCCACCUCAUCAAAGUGUGCUGUCAUAUGGACCGCGUCCAGUGCAGUCUCCAGCGCAAUCUCCUGCCACCCCGUUGAACAUUCUACCGCCUCGCCAACAAUCCGGUCCUGGUUCUUCAUAUAGCUCAACACAUUCGCAGGUGUCUUCCCCUCACCCCUUGUCAUCUCAGCAUCGAGCAAGUCAUGGCGGCCAUCAUUCAUACCAACAGCACGUCCAGGCAAUGGUGAACGGACAGCAACCGGCAUCGGUGCCGUCUGGAGGGCGAGCAUCGAUGAGUAUAGCUGGAGGCGGCCCGCCUAAUACUGCCUCCCCAUACAUAACACCGGCUCACUUGCCGCCUUCACAGCAACAACAGCAUGGAGGUGGUCCUCCUCCUUACCGUCCUGGCCCUGGCUCACUUAGCAACGCUUCUCCAUCGUCAACCCUUGGUAUCGUUCGGCCUUAUACCCCACCGUCAACAAGUACGCUAGGCGGAAUUUCUUAUACCGCCAGCGGCCCCCAUGCUCCUGCUGCUACUGGUGCGCAUAUACAUCACACUCCAUAUUCGCAUCCUCAUGACUCUCAUCCUUCCGCCACUCAUCAUAGAGUAUACAGUCAAGGAGGAUCAGCGCCUUCAUCACGGUAG